UACUGACUUUUUCAAUUUAUUUUACGCUUCUCUCCGCCUUCGAAGACAAAAAAUGGGGGAAAUGUAUUGUGUAUUUCCGUUCAACUAGUCAAAAAUAGCAAAUCCAUCGCGUCACUUCCAAAUCAAUAGGACAUCGUGGCUCUUUUUCCGAGGAAAUUAUACCCGUGAAUCAAACGCUGGUUGUCAGAAAAAGAGCAACUUGAAUGCACCCCGCGCACAGCUCUUUUUCAAUUAAACUAUUCUUGUUCUCCAUUUGAUUUUUGCUUGGGUUUCCUCAAAUAUUGGCAUCACCAAUCCGCAAUUUUGCAACAACAUCCACUCCAAAAAUGAUUGGACCACAGGAAUUUGACAUAACUCUAGCUGUUGCCAAACUGAAUUUCAACAAUGUUGAUUACCUCGGUAUUGAAAUCAAAUACAAUCAAUGCCUUCCCCGUGGAACAUCUUGCGAGUACUCCACCGAAGUGACUGUCAUGAACAGAAAGUUCAAUCUCAAACACCAUCAGUUUGACAAUGAUAGGCUUUAUCUCCCGACUUUCAUGAAAUGGGAUGAUGUUGUGGACUUGACAUAUGAAGAUGAAUCAGUAAGAUGUUGUGCGAAAGUGGUGGGAUUUCGCCAUUUAGAGAAUGUUGAGCGAAGUUUCGGAGAUUGCAGUUAUCAUGGAACAAGUGACCUGCGGCAUGUUACAACUGUCAACUUGACUAUUACAGUUGGAAGAUACAAGAUUUUAGUGAACAAAGAUUACCUGAUGUCAAUGUCAGGAUUCUUCCGGACAAUUUUAGAGAAUGCGGAUAAGAACUCCAGGCAUGACGAUCUCGUGCUAACAGAGUCGAGAGAUGAGGCUUUUGUGACUAUGAUUGAUAUAUGUCAUCAUAAGUUCUGGUGUAAUUACCAACUUAAAGAGGACCUUUUUGAAGUUGCAAAGUUGUACGAGUUUCCAUUUGUCAUCAACUUCUACAACCAAUUUUUCAACUCGGACCGUGCAUUUAAUGCUGACGACGAGUUGUCUUUAGAAAACACUAUGUGAUGCAGUUUGACUGUGAUUAAAAAUUUGGCAACUUUUUAAACUGUAUACUCAUUUGCUUUGGGAUCUCAGCAAUAAUUUGAUAUGUAUAUAUUUUUUCUAUAAGUCUCUUUAUGUUCAUGUUUAUUUUACAGCAAUAUCUAGAUUUUU